AUGUCUACCUGGCAGGUGUUCUCCGACGAAAGAAGCACCUUCCGUUGGGAGAUCUCUGACGAACAGCUCCCAAUCAAUCCCGACGAUGAACCAAACAGUGCCCUAGGUCGAAAACCUAACGAAUCUCAUCGUCUUCCUUCCAUGGCCGAUCUCUUGCUUCAAGGUAUACCUUCAAAGCUAACGGAUAAUUGGAGUGUCAAUGUGGAGAGUCCUCCGAUGUUUAGAACGGGAAUUGGUAAACCGGUCAUGGUGAAGAAUUCUUCGGUAUCUAAAGCAUUAUCUAUUCUCGGUGACGAAGACGGUGCGAUUAGGGGCACAGGCCAAUUGGAUGGCAGAGAGAAUGGGUUUACUUUCUCGAAGUCCAUGUUCCAGAAUGGCAGUGGUGAUGUUGAGAGCCCUCAGAUGUUCCAAACUGCAUCAGGAAAAUCAGUUGUGGUGAAGCAGUCUUCGAUGUCAAAAGCAUUAUCCAUUCUGGAUGAAGGGGAUGAUGUGGUGACUAACACAGAUCAAUGGGACAGAAAACAGAGGGGCUCCGGUUUCUCAAGUUCCAUGUUCCAGAUAGGUGUUGGGAAAACUAUUAUUUCAAGUUCCAUGUUCCAGACAGGCUCAGGGAAAAGGGUUGACAUAUCUUCAGCAGGGCUCCUCAGAGCCAAGACAAUGUUGGGGCUGGAGAAAAAUAACAAACAUGAUGCUUUGCAAAGCUGUGAACAGACAAGGAAGCAGUCCAAUGCCUAUGAACCCUUUGCUUGGAAGAGUUCAUGUCAUAUGGAGAUGGUAGAAGGCAUGACUAAUACAGAGUUUAAGGAUGAUACAUUAGUUCCCAUCUCCCCGUUCAACAUGAAGUCUAAUUCAGGGGGAAGUAAAUCAGAGGAGGUCACUCCAGAUUUUUUGCACUCUGCUCCUAAACAAUCUUCCAUUAAGUUUCAUACUGCAGGUGGAAGAUCUAUAUCAGUUUCUAGUGAUGCAUUGCACCGUGCAAGGAGCCUUCUUGGAGACCCAGAUUUAGGAGGUAUUUUGAAUGAAGGGAAUGCAGAUGAUCUAGCCCCUUCAAUUUUUGGAGAUGGAAAAUUCAAUGAUAUUUCAGCAAACAAAGAAAAUGACCCAAAUACUCCUUUUUCUCAUCGAGGGACAGAAAAGAGCACAAAUGUUUCCAAGAAUUUUAUCUGCCCAAUACGAUCGACUUCAUACCCAAAGCAGUCAUCGGCCAGGUUAGAGAAUAUAGUUUCAGGGAGCAAUUUGAUAAAGAAAUUUGAUGCAGAGGCAUGUGACAGCAAUAGUGAGCCAUAUAAUGGAUUACCUUGUCAUGGAAAGCCUUUACACAAUGGUCCCCAAGCAUUACGAGGAGAUUCUUUGCUAAAUGUUAGUGGUUCAGCAACUAGUUCACCAGGAAGAUCAUCAGGUGGGCCGCUGGCUGAUAUCUCAAAUAGCAUUGGCAUGGAUUAUACAGAAAGCAGACAGAAUAUUGGUGAAAAGAGGAUGGUUGGAAGGAGGAGUUCCGUAUCUCCAUUCAAGAAGCCUCGCAGUUCUAGAUUUAUCACUCCUUUGAAUAGCAACAUUUCAUCAUUUUCUAAUGGUUUGUCAACCUUAGCACCUGAACAAUCCUCUUGCAGACGCAGGGUUUCCACUCGAUACCCGGUUCUUGCUUCACGAGAGUAUGUGAAGGAAUACUUUGGAGCGCCCCCUUCCCACCAAAACAUGUUAGAGCAUUUUCCGGACUGGUUAAGAAGAGUGAAUCCAAGGAAUGCAGAAAAGCACACGUUCCAUGAUGGAUCUGGAGCAGAAUGCAUUGGAGCUGAAGCUUUUCGCCACAUGAUGUCUCAGUCUGGAGCUUCCUUGCAACAUGUUUCUAAAGAGUGGAUUGCAAAUCACUAUAAGUGGAUUGUUUGGAAACUUGCCUGUUAUGAGAGAUGCUAUCCUUUUAAGUCCUUGGGGAAAUUUCUGACUGUAUCCAAUGUGCUUGAGGAAUUAAAGUAUAGAUAUGAGAGAGAAGCAAAUCACGGUCAUCGAUCUGCAAUUAGGAAAAUUCUAGAAGGAGAUGCACCACCUUCUUCAAUGUUGGUGUUAUGCAUAUCAUCUAUCCAUUCAAAUUGUGACCAGAAGAUUGAAACUCACUCUAUUUCAACAAGUGGGGCUGAAAAUACUAGAGCUGCAAAAAUAGAAUUAACUGAUGGUUGGUAUUCGUUGAGUGCUCUACUGGAUGUACUGCUGUCAAAUAAGCUGGCUGCUGGGAAACUCUUUGUGGGACAAAAACUUAGGAUCUGGGGAGCUGGAUUAUGUGGCUGGGUUGGGCCUGUUUUACCACUCGAGACAUCAGGAACAAUUAGUUUAUCUUUGCACAUUAAUGGCACAUAUAGAGCUCACUGGGCUGACCGUUUGGGAUUCUGUAAGGAUGGUGGCGCUCCACUAGCAUUUAGGUGCAUUAAGGGUAUAGGAGGAGCAGUUCCGAGCACUCUUGUUGGAAUCACUCGAAUAUACCCUCUUUUGUACAGGGAAAGGUUAAGUAAUGGGGGGUUUGUUGUGAGAUCAGAAAGGAUGGAAGCUAAAAUGAUACAAUUGUAUAACCACAGGUGCUCAGUUGUUGCAGAGGGCAUUAUGGCUGAGUUUCACAGGGAUAUCAAAGAUGUCCAUGGUAAUAAUGACCAUGAUAGUGAAGAAGGGGCAAAAAUCUUAAGGAUGCUUGAGACAGCUGCUGAACCAGAAGUUCUGAUGGCCGAGAUGAGUUCAGAGCAACUAAAUUCUUUUGCUACUUAUCAAGCAAAACUAGAGGCACUCAAACAGUCAGAUAUGCAGAAAUCAAUUGAGAAAGCUCUCAACGAGGCUGGCUUAAAUAGGAGGGAGGUAACCCCAUUUGUGAGGAUCCGAGUGGAUGGUUUAACUAGCAAAAGUCAUCCGCAAAAGUGCCCUCCACUUAAAGGCUUAAUAACUAUCUGGAAUCCAACAGAGAAACAGCGAUCAGAGUUUCUUGAAGGUCAGGCAUAUGCUAUUUCUGGACUUACACCACUAAGUUCCGACUCAGAUACCCUUUACUUGCAAGCAAGGGGAUCCACGACCAAAUGGCGUCCUUUAUCUCCCUUGGUGCUUGAACAUUUUGAGCCAUUCUUCAGUCCGCGAAAAGCAGUUUCAUUAUCAAAUUUGGGUGAUGUUCCUCUCUCCAGUGAAUUUGAUAUUGCUGCAUUUGUUGUAUACGUGGGAGAGAUGUAUACAGCUGCUUAUCAAAAGAAGCAAUGGGUUUUUGUGACAGAUGGCUCCAUAUCUGAGUUGCAAUCAAAAGAACCCUACAAUUCUUUGCUUGCCAUCAGUUUCUGCUCACCAUCAUGUGAUUCAUUUGCACCAAUCAACUUUAAUCUUGCAGGAUCAACGGUUUGCUUUUGUGAUCUCAUCAAAAGGGCGAAGGACCAAACGAAUAAUCUCUGGGUGGCAGAAGCAACAGAAAAUUCGACCUAUUUUAUAAGUUAUGAUCAUGAAAAGUGUAGUCAUUUAAAGGAUGCCUCUUCUUCUGCUCAAAGAUGGGCCAAGCUCUCUAGCUCAACCAUUGAGAUGCUUAGGGGGAAGGUUUUAUCUAUCAUUGAUAACUGAAAGGCUGAAUGUUCAAGAAUCUUAUUCUGACAGACUGACAAUGUGGUAACCUGGUGGGUAUCGUGAGCAUGCCAGACAGAAUUUGAUCUUCCUGUACAAAACCAGUUCCUGGUUGAUGGUUCGGCCUCGUUUUGCACUUGACUAAUGGUCAAGACCCUGUUUGCAAGGCACUUGGAUAUUUGACUGCCCAUGACAAAUUUUUCAGGCCAAGUUCUCAGAUCAUUUCCAGCAUAUUGACUGGAGCUGAUGUUCUCAUGGCGGAGUCCAGGCAUAAUGCGUUCUUCAUGACACUGUCGCAUGAACCUGAGGAGCCAAAAACUCAAGGAGCAAACUGUGUCUUGAGUUCAAGAUGGGCAUAGCAAGUUAGUUUGCAUUGCAUUGCUUUGUACUAUAUUUCAUUAUUUUGUGUACAGGCCUUUAAAAAAAAUUUUUUUUUUUGGCUGACGGAAGGGUGAGGGGCACCAAAUAUAAUCUUAAGACUGACAAGGCUUGGGUUCUUUCCCCCCUUCAAGUCAUCCCAACUGUUGUAGAAGUACGCAAAACAACCAUAAU